AUGAAUUACGAGAAUGACGACGCACUUAGAGCCCCUGUUUGGGACGAUUUGAAUCAAAAUGAAAAUGAAUCCACAACAAAUACUACCGCAUCUGGGAAUAAUAAUAACUUCAAUUUUAGAACAGACACUAAUCUGAAUAUCUCACAUGAUACUAUUGAUGGAUUGAGUCAAACCUUUGCUAACAUCGGCACCAGUGAUCACUUUGGUGAUGAUAGCAAUGAAGCUGGUGAAAAGAACACAUCAGAAGGAGAUAAAUUGAUUAAUUUGUUAGCGCCAGAGGAUAACCUUCUUGCAGACAUCGAGAAGGAUGUUGUACCUGGUGUCAUGAUAAAUGGUGGUAGUGGUGAUCUCUUGUUUGGUGGAUCGCCUUCUUUAAUCUCCCCUAUCCUCGGAAAUGAGGCAUUGAAACUAAAUUCUAAUGAAACAUCACCAAGUAAAAGAACAAGUAAACCACAUUCAUUAUUUAAUGCAUCGACAAGGUUACGUCGUAGAAAACCAAAUUAUGGUAAUGCGACUACUGAAAACGGGAAACCUCAACUAGUUAAAGAUACAAAUAAUAUAUCAGAUUCAGAUUCUUCAACACAAGUUACAUCGUUAGAUGACGAUCCCCUGGGUAAAGCACAGAAGGAAAAUGAAUUUGUUGAAGAACCAUUAGAAUAUGAUAACAAUAAGAGAAAAGAUGUGAAUGGUAAUAUUUCUAAAGCUUCUCUUCUAAAUCAAAUGGAUGAACCACUUUAUAAAUUAUCGCCUAGAAAAUUUCAACCAACUUCGAAUGCUAAUGCAGAGAUAUCUGGUAAUAAUUCUAAUAAAAUCUCAAAGAAGGAUAAAACAAACAUUGGAACCCCAGAUCAAGAUCAGUCAGAUACCCAAGUUCCUGAUGCAGUUCCAUUUAAAAUCGAUGUCACAGACCCUAUAAAAGUGGGUGAUCUUACAUCAGCACAUAUUGAAUACACGGUAAAUAGCGUAUCAGAGUUGUUGGAUUCGAAUCAAUCUCAAGUCACAAGACGUUAUACUGAUUUUAGAUGGUUGUAUCGUCAAUUACAAAGCAAUCACUGGGGUAAAGUGAUUCCUCCUCCUCCAGAAAAACAAGCUGUUGGACGAUUCAAGAGAGAUUUCAUAGAAAAUAGACGAUUUCAAAUGGAGACAAUGUUGAAAAGAAUUGCCCAUGAUUCACUACUACAAAGAGAUCAAGAUUUUUUGAUGUUCUUAAAAAGUGAACAAUUCUCUAAUGAUUCAAAGUUGAGAGCAUAUGCAACAGCUUCAGGAUCAUAUAAUGAUAACAAUGAUCUUUCAGAAGUUCAUAUGAGUGAGGUCGAACUGUUAGGACCAGAUGACGCAGCGAUUGUCCUAAACAAUGGUGGUAUUGAUGCCGAACAAAAUAAAGGUUUUAUGAACUUUUCAUUAACCUCACAACCCAAAUAUAAUGAACCUGAUCAAUAUUAUAUUCAGGAACGUGAAAGGUUUGUUAUCUUAGAAGAACAGUUGAAACAAUUAUACAGGUCACUUGAACUUAUUGAUACAGAGAGAAAUGAGCUUGCAGCUACUGUAUUUGAAUUCUCGAAGAGUAUAGAAGUUUUAGCGAAAUUAGAAGUCACUAGAAAAAGUUCAGACCUUUUGAAUUCGUUUGCUGAACUACAUAAUUCUAUUAGAGAAUCCUUGGAAAGAAAUUCUUUACAACAAUCUUUGACGCUUGGUGUAACACUCGACGAAUAUAUUAGAACAUUGUCGAGCGUGCGGGCUAUAUUUAACCAGAGGGCCAAAUUAGGCUAUUUCCUUGUUGUUGUGGAAGGAGAUUUACGAAAGAAAAAAGCACAAUUUGACAAGACUUAUCCAGAUUUUAAACCCAGUGCACCAAUUAAGGAUGAACAUUGCAGAACUAUGUUAGGAGAAUGUCUCGUACUGGAUAAGAGAUAUAACGCGAUAAAGGAAAAAUGGACAGUCAUUGCUGAUAACAUUAAGCGUGAGAUCAAACAUUAUGAAGUUGAGAAAAUAGAAGAAUUUAGAAACAGCAUGGAGAUCUCCUUGGAGUCAUCUAUAGAAUCUCAAAAGGAGUUCAUAGAGUUGUGGGAAACAUUUUAUCAAAACAAUUUGUAA